AUGCAAUUAUCUUUCUCUGCCCUUGUCCUGCUGGGACUGAGCAGUCUGGCCUCCAGCUCGCUGACAAUUACCGUCCCCUCCUCCGGCCCCCUGCCUAACCCGCACGCCCUCCCCGCAACAAGCCAUGCCACCCUCACCACUCUCCCUACCGGUGGGAGCGACCAUAUUGUGUCUGCGUCGCUGACCCGCGCUGCGACAUUCGUCUUCGAUGACCUGCCCGUCUCUGAGGCACCGGAAUCUUAUCUCUUGGAUAUUCGCUCCGCGGGCGGGUAUGUCUUCGCCCCCUACCGUGUGGAUGUUGCGGCAGAUGGGACCGUUAUUGGGAUUUGGGAGACUUUCCGCGGGAACCCAUGGGAUAACCGUGGGGUGGAGAAGUAUGUUGCUGAUAUCGCUGGGGAGCAGAAGGUGGAUGUCAUCGUUGAGGCCAAGGUUGUUGGUCGGAAGGCUUUCUAUGAGGAGCGUGCGAAAUUCUCUCCCUUGAGUCUAAUUAAGAGUCCUAUGGUUUUGCUUGCGAUUGUUGCGCUGGGUAUGAUGUUCGUCAUGCCCAAGCUCAUGGAAAACAUGGACCCCGAGAUGCGCGCCGAGUUCGAGCAGCACUCUCGUUCCUCGCCUAUCACCGGUGCCACAAGCAAUGCCAUGGCCGGUGGCGGUUUCGACCUGGCCGGCUGGAUGGCUGGUACGAGUGCUCCUAAUCCCGCGGCCACUGAUGCGGCCCAAGGUGGCUCAACCGGUAGAGAUACCAGUGGUCCUGCCCGGAAACGGGGAUAA